GCGGUCGGGACCGGCGGUGACUGCAGGGCGCCUCGGGGUCCGCGCGGCCCUGCCCUGCCCUGCCCCGACCGACCCCGGCGAGGCGGGCGGAAGCGCGGCCGGAGAUCGGACAGAUAAGUGUUGCAGCACAGCACAUGUCUAAGUAUGCAGUCUGCUAAUAUGCUUCUGAGAAGAAUUGUGGGACGUUUUGUCCUUCCAUUUGCUGCGCAACAUGGGAUGAAAAAGGAUUUGUUUCCACUCAGUAGAACUCUGAGUUUAUCACUUCGUUUGAAGCAGGACAAGUCAUGUGAACCCUCAGAAAAACUGGAUUUAGAUGAGUGGAAGAAGGUCAUGAAAUCUGGAUUGCAAGAAGAGGUCAGUGAGACGGCCUCGGAGCCUAAGGAGCUUUCCAGUUUGGCUGCUGCACGUGAGACUUUGGAGAUGUGGAGGCUAGCUGGCAGAGCAGUUCCAGAAAAUAUUAGUGAAGAACAGCUAAAAACUUUUAUGGAGUGUCCAUCUAAGUCAGCCAAAAAGAAGUAUUUAAAAUACUUGUAUCUCAAAGAAUUUCACAAGAAAAAUGACAAAAGAAAGAUGGAUGAGAAAAGGGAAAGGAGGCUGGAAGCACAAGAUCAAUAUUCAAAAACAGAUGAGACCAAAAAGAGUCCAUUUGUAUGUUUAUGGUCACGCACAAUGGAUAAAGCAUACAAUUGGAGGGCUGCUCAGUCCAUGGUCUUUGGCCAGCCUCUAGUAUUUGACAUGUCUUAUGAAAAAGAAAUGUCUGUCCGAGAAGUCACAAAUACAGUGAGACAGAUAGUAAUGAGUGAAAGCAGCAAUCGGAGAUCUGUGGAUCCAUUCCACAUCCACUUCUGUAACUUCAAAGAUGAUAGCCUCUAUCAUAGGGAAUUUAUCAAGAAUUAUAGAGAUGCAUGGGACAAACUGCUUAUCACAGUGACAGACCAGUGCUACACAGAAAUCUUUCCAAAGGAUAAGCUCAUCUAUCUGACAGCUGAUUCUCCCAAAGUAAUGAAAACAUUUGAUCACGAUAAGAUCUACAUUGUUGGGUCGAUGGUUGACAAGAGCAUAAAAACAGGAGUUUCUUUAGCACGGGCAAAGCGAUUAGGACUGGAGACUGCAGCCCUUCCACUGGAGAAGUAUUUGCUUUGGUGUACUGGUGCCAAAAAUCUCACACUGGAUCAAAUGAUGUAUAUUUUAUUAACCUUGAAAGAUACUGCUGACUGGGAAAAGGCUCUGGAAUUUGUUCCGAAAAGGAAAUACUGUGGCUUUGUAAACAAGCCUGUAAAGGAACUGAAAAAAACGUUAGACCUGAUCAACACACUUAAACUUGGAAAGGGACGGGAAAAAGUAGAAAAGCAAUUUGCCAAAAAUUACCCCAAGAAGUAUAAACUAAAGCAAAAGUAGAGUGAUGGGAAGGAAAAUGAAUUUUUUACACACAAACUGUAUACUUUAAUGCUCUGGCUUCUUGGUACAUCUGGAGCUCUGUUCAGCUCUUAAUCUAGAACAUGUUUUGUUGCUUACGUUUGAAAUAACUAUUGUUAAGAGUUGGGUUUUUUUAAUGACUUCAGUAGUCCAGCUGUUUAAAUUUAUUCACAAAUUAUUGAAAUUAUGUAAGAGAAAUGAGAUAAAUUGUUGUAAAAAAAAAUCUCUACGCGAAGACUAUCAGUCUGUUCAGUUGAACUGUGCUUGGACAAGGGUGAUUGUUACUGAAUGCAAAGGUCUUCAGAGCUCACUGUUUUAGAGGCUGCCUACAGUUUUAUUCUAAAAGAUCACUUCAGAUGAAGUAGAAGAGACCUCUCCCAUUACUUCCUGAAUCCUCUUGUAUGCAGAUGAAUUGACCUUUGAUAGCUGAACUAAAUGGUUAAAACCUUGCAUGACUUUGGGGAACUGCACCAUUUAUUUCUGGAUGUUCUAUCUGGCACAAAUAAAAUCCCUGUUUGCAAGGAA